UGGGUGCGCUCUCCACGACCCCUGUAGGGAGAGUCCCAGCACCUCAACCGCCACCGCCCUCCACUUCUGACACCGAUUAGUCUUGUGAUCUUCAAUCUUCUGCCUUAGCAGAGGGCUCAAACUAGGGGACUCUUGCUGAAUUUCUCAUCUUUGAGGAGGCGACCACCUCGGGAUUUGGAGCUGAAUUUAGCAUGAAAGCGCAAGAGGAAGUACUCGGCGAACGAGGAAAUUGAGAAUGUGCUUGGCAUAACUCAUCCUUCUCCAUCUCCCUGCACUCUGUGCUGGGAAAAUGCACCAUCCAUUUGGAAAAGAGGAAGCUGCCUCCCAGAAGCAGCUUUUUGGAUUUUUCUGUGAGUGCCUGCGGAGGGGAGAAUGGGAGCUGGCACGGGCAUGUGUACCACAGCUACACGAGGGACAAGGGGAUAUCCCAAAGAGGGUUGAAGACAUACUUCAGGCGCUGGUGGUGUGUCCAUAUUUGCUGAGAUGUGGGCAGGAUAUCAGCCCUCAGAGAUUAGCCUGGGUUUGGCUUCUUGUACUGGAAAAAUGGUUUGCCCAGGAAAAGAAAUUACUCCCGGCUGUUUUCCGUAGAAAGCUUGAGUUUCUUUUAUUGUCAGAAGACCUACAAGGUGACAUUCCAGAGGACAUCCUCAAGGAGCUAUACGAGGUGUUCGCACAAGACUCAGUAGACCCUGUGCCUGAUGGAAAUAGGAAGUGGGAGGGCUGGCCUACUCGGCUCAGCUCAGAAGCUGUCUCUGUGCUCUGGGAUCUUCUGAGGCAGGCUCCUCAGCCAGCACAGGCCAUGCUGGAGCUCCUGCUCAGGGAGGAUGAUGGCACCGGCCUCUGUGGCUGGCCUUUGCAGAAGGCACUGGUGGACCUCAUUCAGAAGGCACUGAAGGCUUUGCAGGGCCCUGAUGCUGGGCCCCCUGGAGUAGCAGAUGCCAUCUAUGGGGCCCUGCGGACUCUAUGUUGCCCCGCAGAGCCCCUCGGGGUUGAGUUGCGCCUCCUGUGUGAGGAACUGCUGGAGGCCUGUGGGACCGAGGGGAACCCCUUGCAGGAGGAGCGGCUGCUCGGCUGUCUGCUGCACAAGGCUGGACGAGGCCUGCUAUCCCUGUACAGCCAUACCUAUGCAGAAAAGGCCACAGAAAAGCCACUGAGGGCCACAUCCUCGGGAAAAGUCUCACUGGAUCAUCUGGAUCCUGAGCGGUCGAUGCUAGCUCUGUUCUCCAAUCCUGACCCAGCCCAAGCUUGGAAAGUGGCCUAUUUCUACUGCCUGAGCAACAACAAGCACUUCCUAGAGCAGAUACUGGUGACAGCACUAACACUGUUGAAAGAGGAAGACUUCCCAACCCUUGGCUGCCUGCUAGACAGAGAAUUCAGGCCCCUUAGUCGACUGCUCGUGCUUCUGGGCUGGACACACUGCCAGAGCCUAGAGUCGGCUAAGAGGCUGCUGCAGACACUCCACAGCACCCAGGAUCAAGGCUGCAGUAAGCUCCUCAGGGAUGCCUGUGAUGGGUUGUGGGCUCACCUAGAGGUCCUGGAGUGGUGUGUACAGCAGAGCAGCAACCCCAUACCAAAGAGAGAUCUCUUGUGUCAUUUACACGGUGGAGACAGCCACUCAGUGCUCUACUCUCUCCAUCACCUCACAAACCUUCCAGCCCUCAGGGAGGAAGAUGUUCUCAAGCUCUUACAGAAGGUGCCCGCCAAGGAUCCCCAGCAAGAGCAUGGUUCAGCUGAUGCCCCAUUCCCUGACCACCUGGGCCAGUGUCAGAACUUAACACUCUACCAGGGGUUCUGUGCCAUGAAGUAUGCCAUCUAUGCCCUCUGCGUGAGUUCGCACCAGCACUCCCAGUGCCAGGACUGCAGAGAGGGUCCCUCUAAGGACCUGGCCUCGGCCGCUGAGCCAGUGAACGACUUGCUCUCCUCCCCAGGUGCUUCAAAUCUCUUCUCAACAUACCUGGCCAGAUGUCAACAGUAUCUGUGCAGUAUCCCUGACUCUUUGUGCCUGGAACUCCUGGAAAACAUCUUCUCGUUGCUCCUUAUCACCUCUGCUGAUCUUCAUCCAGAGCCUCACCUACCUGAGGACUAUGCUGAGGAUGAUGACGUUGAGGGGAACGGCCCCUUGGGCUUGAGGUCCCCGUCAGAGAGCUCUCAGCACACAUCUCAGCCCGAGAGGAAAUCAGAACAGGGUUUUCUGGGAGUUCCCAGAAGCCUUGCUUAUACACUUCCAGGCUGUCUGAAGGCAGAGCCAAAAGACAGUUACCCAGGGCCCCAUGGGCACAGCUUUUUGGACCUGAAGCACUUUACCAUUGGCAUCAGUGGAUUCCUGGCUGAUGAAUUUGCAACGGGGGCCUUCCUCAGGCUUCUCCAGGAGCAGCUGGAUGAGAUCAGCAGCCACAACCCACCUGAGAAGCCAAAGCUGCUAGAAGGCCAGAGCUGCUCAGGAAGCAGAGAUGGGCUGCAGAGCCGCCUGCAUCGAUUUUCCAAGGUUCUCUCUGAGGCCCAGUGGAGAUACAAGGUGGUAACAAGCAACCAGGGCUCAGAGGGGCAUCUGACACCCUCCCGAAGAUACCAACCCAUUGCCACACAGCACCCCAGUCUCCGCCAGGGUCGUCGGACAAGAAGGAGCCGGGCAGAUAAGCUGAAGAAUGGCCAAGACAGAGGUUCCAACCCAUCCCUGGAAAGUACAAGUAGUGAACUGAGCACAAGUACAUCAGAGGGGAGUCUGAGCACUGUAUCUGGGUGGAAAGAGCUGGAUGGCCGGUUGCAGCCCCAACCUCAGAGUUCACUCAUCCCCAUGAUGUUCUCCCCACCCGAGUCACUGCUGGCAUCCUGCAUCCUCCGGGGGAACUUUGCAGAAGCCCAUCAGGUGGUGUUCACGUUCAACCUGAAGUCCUCGCCCAGCUCAGGAGAACUGAUAUUCAUGGAGCGCUACCAAGAGGUGAUCCAGGAGCUGGCCCGAGUAGAGCACGAGAUUGAAAACCAGAACUCAGAUGGGGGUACCGGCACCAUUUGGAGAACGGGCAGUAGCCGCUCAACUCUACAGGCCAUUGGCAGUGCUGCGGCAGCAGGCAUGGUAUUUUAUUCCAUAUCUGAUGUGACCGACAAGCUACUCAGCACCUCUGGAGACUCCAUCCCCACACUCCAAGAGGACUUUUGGAUAAGCAGCACUCUGGUGGAGCCCACUGAUCCCCUGAAGGAAGUUCUGGAAGACCUCAGUCCCCCUGCCAUGGCUGCCUUUGACCUAGCUUGCACUCGGUGCCAGCUCUGGAAAACCUGCAAACAACUCUUGGAAACAGCCGAACGGCGUCUGAACAACAGCCUUGAGAGCCGGGGUCGACGGCCAGACCAUGUACUGCUCAACGCUGAUGGCAUUCGAGGAUUUCCAGGUGUUCUUCAGCAAAUCAGCAAGCUUCUCAAUUAUUCGCUUAUGUCAGCAGGACAAACUAAAUCAGAGAAUGUAGAAGAAAAAGGAGGAGGGCCUCCACGGUACAGCAUCGCUGAGCUUCUCCAGAUGUGCUGGCCCAGCCUAACCGAGGACUGUGUUGCCAGCCAAGUCAUCCUCUCCCAACAGCUCGAGCAGGUCCUUCAGUCACUGAGAGAAGCACUAGAGCUGCCAGAGCCCAAGAGUACUCCACUCUCUUCCCUGGUGGAGCAGGCGGCCCAGAAAGUUCCUGAGGCAGAGGCCCACCCUGUGCACAUCCAGACUCAGCUCCUCCAGAAGAGUCUAGACAAACAGACGCCAGCAGGCGGCAGGCAGGCUGACUACGUGGGAACCUUCUUCAGUUACUGUAGCACUCUGGCUGCGGUUCUCCUGCGCAGUUUGAGCACUGAGCUUGAUCAUGUGGCAGUCAAGGUAGGAAAUCCCUUUGUUCUCCUGCAGCAGAGCUCUUCCCAACUGGUAUCACACCUCCUGCUUGAGAGACAAGUUCCCCCAGACAGGCUGGCAGCCCUUCUGGCCCAGGAAGGUCUCGGCCUGAGUGUGCCACAGGUCAUCGUCAACUGCUGCUGCGAGCCCCUUUCCCUUUGCUCUUCCCGGCAAAACCAGCAGACAUCGUCCCUUCUGACCCACCUGGGCAUCCUGGCCCAGCUGCAUACCUCCCACUGCCUGGAUGGCCUCCCACAUUCUACGCCGACCUCCCCAAGGCCAUCUGAGAAUCCCAUAUUGGAGGAAAAGCCCCACUUAUCCCCAAGGAAUUCGUCUCCUGCAGCCCUCACCUCCUCUGCCUUGGCCUUCCUGAAAUCCCGCUCAAAGCUGCUGGCUACAGUGGCCUGUCUGGGGGCUUUCCAGGGGGCAAAGGCUACCAAGCCCAUCUUGUCAUGGAAGGAGCUUCGUGGCCGCAGAGAGGUGCCUCUGACUGCAGAGCAGGUAGCCCGGGAGUGUGAGCACCUCCUGGAGCAGUUCCCUGCACUUGAGGCCUCCCUCCUGGCUGCCUGGAAGCCCCUCCAAGGCUCCUCUAAACAGGGGCAGAGUCUGGCAGCGAGUCUCUGUGGUCGAGCCUGUCUCUCCACUGUCCUCCUGGGCCUACAUUCUCCCAUUGCCCUGGAUGUGCUGACUGAGGCCUUUGAGGAAGCACUGGUGGCCAGAGAUUGGCUCCGGGCCCUUGAGCUCACUGACGAGUAUGGGAGAGACAUGGACGAGUUGAGCAGCAUAAAGGAUGCAGUCCUGAGCCGUGCUGCAGCAUGUGACAAAGAAGGUUGGCAAUACCUGUUUGCCGUGAAGGAUGCAUCUCUGAGAAGUCAGCUGACCCUACAGUUUGUGGACAGGUGGCCCCUGGAGUGGUGCCUGGAGAUCCUGGCCUACUGCAUUUCUGACCCCACUGUCCAGGAAGGACUGAAGUGUGAGCUGCAGAGAAAGCUGGCAGAGCUGCGGGUGUAUCAGAAGAUUCUAGCUUUGCAGGCUACCCCAGUGUGGUAUGACUGGCAGACCCUGAGGAGCUGUUGUGUUGAGGACCCAUCAGCUGUCAUGAACAUGAUUCUAGAAGCAAAGGAGUACAGCCUUUGUGAGGAAUGGGGCUGCCUAUAUCCCAUUCCAAGAGAACAUUUAAUCAGCCUACAUCAAAAGCAUCUUCUUCACCUUCUAGAAAGAGGAGAUUCUGAGAAGGCUCUGCAACUCCUGCAAAGAAUCCGUGACCCCAACAUGUGCCUUGAAGUCACAGAGCAGUCUAUUGACCAGCACCCUAGCCUGGCUACUUCACACUUCUUGGCCAACUACCUCACCACCCACUUCUGUGGAGAGCUUACUGCUGCCCGACACCAUGAAAUCCAGGCGCUGUACAUGGGCUCCAAGGUUCUGCUGACCCUGCCUGAGCAGCACCAGGCCAGCUAUGCCCACCUAUGCCCCAGCCCCCUGCUCAUGCUGGAGCAGCUGCUGAUGAACAUGAAAGUGGACUGGGCCACCACGGCUGUGCACACUCUGCACCCACUGCUGGCUGGGCAGGAGAUUGGCUUCACCAUGGAUGAUGUUGACUCGCUGCUUUCCAGAUACGCAGGAAAAGCCCUGGACUUCCCAUACACUCUAAGGGAGAAACGAUCAGAUUCUGUGAUUCACCUCCAGGAAACUGUCAGUCAGGUUUCAGACCCUGAGACCUUGACUAGAUCACUGUCAACAGAGUUCUCUUCUGCCGCUCCUCCUGGCAUCGCCAUUGUACAUUCCCCAAGCCGGAGGGAGAAGAGUCAGCUCCCACUGGAAUUUGUGCCCCCAGCAACACCCCCUGCUAGGCACCAGUGGGUACCAGAUGAGACUGAGAACGUCUGCAUGGUCUGCCGCAGAGAGCACUUCACCAUGUUUAACAGGCGUCAUCACUGUCGCCGCUGUGGUCGGCUAGUGUGCAGUUCCUGCUCCACUAAGAAAAUGGUGGUGGAAGUCUGCCGAGAGAAACCUGCUCGUGUGUGUGACCAGUGCUAUAGUUACUACAGCAAAGAUAUACCAGAGGAGAAUCCAGGGCAAUCAGAAGCAACAGACAGCUCCAAGAGUGAAAGCCCUCCAUUCUCAGCUGUGGUAAGAGUCCCCAAAGCAGCUGAGCUGGAAUGGACUUUGGAUCUGAACGAGGAGGAAAACGAGCUGGUGCGGAGUGAAUUUUACUAUGAGCAGGCCCCCAGCGCCUCCUUGUGCAUUGCCAUCCUGAAUCUGCACCGGGACAGCAUUGCCUGUGGUCACCAGCUUAUUGAGCACUGCUGCAGGCUGUCCCAGGGCCUCACCAACCCAGAGGUGGAUGCAGGGCUGCUCAUAGACAUCAUGAAGCAGCUGCUCUUCAGUGCUAAGAUGAUGUUCGUCAGGGCGGGCCGGAGUCAGGACUUGGCUCUUUGUGACAGCUACAUCAGCAAGGUGGAUGUACUGAAUAUUUUAGUUACUGCUGCCUAUCGCCAUGUGCCAUCCCUGGAUCAGAUCUUGCAGCCAGCUGCAGUAACCAGACUACGGAACCAGCUUUUGGAAGCUGAGUACUACCAGCUGGGCGUUGAGGUCUCCACAAAGACUGGACUUGAUUCCACUGGGGCAUGGCACGCUUGGGGCAUGGCCUGCCUCAAAGCUGGGAACCUCACUGCUGCACGGGAGAAGUUCAGCCGCUGCCUGAAGCCCCCUUUUGACCUCAAUCAGCUGAGUCAUGGCUCAACGCUGGUACAGGAUGUGGUUGAAUACCUGGAGUCCACAGCAAGGCCCCUUGUGUCCUUGCAAGAUGAUGAUUACUUUGCCACCUUGAGGGAGCUGGAAGCUACCCUGCGGACCCAAAGUCUCUCCCUAGAGGUGAUUCCUGAGGGAAAGAUCAUGCACAACACCUACUACCAAGAAUGCCUGUUCUAUCUGCAUAACUAUAGCACCAACCUGGCCAUCAUCAGCUUCUACAUGAGGCACAGCUGCCUGCGGGAAGCCCUGCUGCACCUCCUGAACAAGGAGAGUCCUCCAGAAGUCUUCAUAGAAGGCAUUUUCCAGCCGAGCUAUAAAAGCGGGAAGCUACAUAUUUUGGAAAACUUGCUAGAAUCCAUUGAUCCAACCUUGGAAAGCUGGGGAAAGUAUUUGAUUGCAGCCUGCCAACAUUUACAGAAGAAGAACUACUACCACAUUCUGUACGAGCUGCAGCAGUUUAUGAAGGACCAAGUCCGGGCUGCCAUGACUUGUAUUCGGUUCUUCAGUCACAAAGCAAAUACAUAUACAGAACUAGGAGAGAAGCUCUCAUGGCUGCUUAAGGCCAAGGACCACCUGAAGAUCUAUCUCCAAGAAACAUCCCGCAGCACCGGAAGAAAGAAAACCACGCUAUUCCGAAAGAAGAUGACUGCAGCUGACGUGUCGAGGCACAUGAAUACACUCCAGCUACAGAUGGAAGUGACCAGGUUCUUACAUCGGUGUGAAAGUGCUGGGACCUCUCAAGUCACCAGCUUGCCUCUGCCAACCCUGUUUGGAAAUAACCACAUGAAAAUGGAUGUGGCCUGCAAGGUCAUGCUGGGAGGGAAAAAUGUAGAAGAUGGUUUUGGAAUUGCAUUUCGUGUUCUACAGGACUUCCAGCUGGAUGCUGCUGUUACCUACUGCAGAGCUGCCCGGCAGUUGGUGGAGAGACAGAAAUACAGUGAGAUCCGGCAACUGCUAAAGUGUGUCAGUGAGUCAGGCAUGGCAGCCAAAAGUGAUGGGGACACCAUCCUCCUCAACUGCCUGGAAGCAUUUAAGAGAAUUCCACCCCAGGAGCUAGAGGGCUUGAUCCAGGCAAUCCACAAUGAUGACAACAAGGUUCAGGCCUACCUGACAUGUUGCAAACUGCGUUCCGCCUACCUGAUUGCCGUGAAGCAAGAACACUCACGGGCCACUGCGCUUGUCCAGCAGGUGCAGCAGGCCGCCAAGAGCAGCGGGGAUGCGGUGGUGCAAGAGAUCUGUGCCCAGUGGCUUCUGACAAGCCACAUCCGGGGAGCCCACGGCUCAGGCCCCAGAAAGUGACCCUGGGCAGUAAGGCCAGAAAAACGCAGUCUAAGAACUGUGGUGACAGGAGUGAUGGUGAUGCUCCCACCUCUUUCCUCCUAAGGAGUGGGACUCCCUCGUCUCUGCUCCCCGGUUGGGAAGAGCUAGACUGGACCCUGCUUGCCGCCGUGGGCAAGGAUGGAACCUUUCACACAAGUGCCAUGUUUCUGUAAAAUUGUGGGGUCUGUGUGUGUUUGUCUGGAGAUAGCCAGUUCUUUCUACCUCAGUGAGUGAGCGAGCGUGUGUGUGUACACGCACGUGCACGCACACGUGCAUGCUCCUGUGCACUCGUGUUUAUGCCUGAGCAUUUCUGAGCAAAUGAAACUCUUCCAUUGAGAAGAGGCACUUUACUUUAGCCUUUCACCAGUCUGAAAGCCUUCCCUGCGUUCUGGUUCUUAACCUGGGUCAUCCUGUUUGUACACAGCCCUCUCCACGCAGAGACACUUUAGUAGCUCCUCUUAACCAGAAGGGUUUUAUAGAAAAUUAUCAAGCAACAUCAAAAGGAUUGCCUCUUUUUCCCUUGCUUCCCUUCCCAGAAUUUAGAGAUGGCUUUGGGGCCAGUAUUAUCUAUGGACUAAAACUGUUUCCCAAGUGUCUCCUCUGACAAGCACAAGGAGUUAAUGGGAGUCUUUGGAAGGUGGUGUGAGUGCAUGGGUCCUCAGGGUGCUGGCAUCUGAAAGCUGCAGAUGCAGAUAUAAGUGAUCAGGUCUGGAAGCCUGAUACACAGGAAAGAGGGGCACCGUCACAGUAACCCAGAAGAGAGGAAAUAGUGAACCUCUCCAAUAGGGACACAAGUGAGUUGCCCACAAGCACAGAGCUGGCUCAUUUGAACAUCCCUGCAGCAAGGUUGGUGGGUGAGAGAAUGUAGCUCCCUUUUUGAAAGUCACAGGAAAGGAAAUUGGCAGCCAGGAUCCUGGGACUGAAUGGCCAGACUUUCCCUAUUUGAGUUACAGUCCCAUGAGUGCCCCUUGAAUUGGCUGGGAAACCACUUCCUCUUCUCUCCUGCUUCCCUUCAGACUCUUCAGGGCCACGGGAUGGAUAUGCAGAUACCCAGGGGUCAUUGGGAAACCAAUAGUCUUCUUUUCUAUGUCUUAAGAGUCUUGAGUUGGGUCUUUGUGACAAGAGAACGAGUGAACCAAGAGUAGUCCAAGUCCCAUUGGUGGAAAACUGGGUGAAGUACUUCUUUAAUAUGCAGUAGCUUGUCUUCCCACCAGAAAUUUGACCAUUUUUUAGGAAGGGCCUGUCAUUCUCAGUGACUUUGAUCUGCAAACAAGGGGACCUAAAGAAAAGCUCUGAGCCUCCCACCAACCAGAACUCAGCCUGUCGAUCUCACAUUGGAUACUGAGGCAAAUGGGAAGUGGAAGCUGAAGUUGGUAUCUCUGGUGCUUAGAAACCCUGUGGAUUUCCCUCGUAUCCAAGUUUUUAAUAAUAAACAGCUAUUAUGGACAUCUGUCAGAUUAAAAGUUUUAAUCCUGUUAGAGGGGGAAAACUGCAAGCAAAAUUCUAGGUCCCUUUUGGAGAAAGUUUGAUGAGUGGCUUCUCCUUCCUUGAGUCAUGGAAUGGAUCUGUCUCCCAGGAAACAUCAUUCCCUGGCAUCGGCUUUUCCUUUUGAGUCUGCCCUUUUUGCACUGACCACAAGCACUUUAUAUUAUGGGUUGCAAAUUUUGCAGCCCUUAAUUUGAGAUGUUAAGACCAGACUUUGCCGACUUUUUCUCUUACCAGUUGAACUAUAAAAUAAGCAACCAUUGACUAGACUGAUACAGGAUGAGGUUAAAGGCCUUUGAACAUCAUGCUGUGGUCCAGGAAUAAAAAAGAAAAGAAACAAUAUGUAUAUGCAGAAGAGUUGAAUGUUUUACUACAAGCAAGCCACAAUAAAGUGUCCGUCCUACAAGUUUCUUAUCUCCAUGAUUUCUUUGUACUGUCUAGCUCUUACUCUUUGCAUUGUUUUUCCUUGUGUUCUUUGUGGAGAAAAAAGGUGGGUGGGAAAAAUCAGAUGGCCUUCAACUCUUGAACUUUCACUGAAUGAUCCCCAUCUGAGUAAUGACCCCUUUGGUUAGGAUUUAUCUCAAGUUCCCUAUGUGUUAAAAACUAUUAUACACCUUUGCUACCGAUUUUUGUUUUUCUUUUUUUUUUGCUUCAUUUAGGGGUGAGGGUGAAGAUAGGUAACACAUUCAUCAAGUCUAGAAGGUAAAUGAAAAGUCUCUCCCAUCCCUAUCCCCUAGCCAUCGAGUCCACUCCCAGAGGCCACCAAUGUUAGUUUCUAGUGUAUAGUUCCAGAGCUAUUUUAUGCAUAACAAGUAUUAAUGACUAAAGCAUUCUAUGGGGAGGAUGGGUUAUAAUUACUUAAUCAGUCCUGAUUGAUGGACAUUUUUAUAUGGUUGCCAUCUUUUGCCACUACUACUUGGGCCACAGUGACUCAUCUUGUACAAAAUUGCUGGGUCAGGAUAUAUGCCUUCCAAAGAGGUCACAGCAAUUAACUGUCCCACCAGCAGUGUAGAAGAGUGCCCCAAUAGUCAUCAGACUUUGUAGAUCUUUGCCAGCCUGAUGGGUGAAAUACUGUACUCUGAAACCUUUUCAAAAGCUGUUUUUGUUUUUUUUUUAGCUCUAUGUGCCUUUUUUUUUUUUUUUAA